AGAAGAAGAAGAAGAAGAAGAAGAGAAGAAACUUUGGAGAAUAUUUGUCAGAAUGGUGAAAUCAACAAUGAGCUAAGCUGUAACAGUAAGAGGAGAGUAACUGAUGAAGAGCACACUAAAGAAGACAACAAAAAAAGCAAACUAGACACAGAGAAUAUCACCACUUUCAAGCACACUGAAGAAAAAACACAAGGUCUGAUCAUUAAUGAACAGACACAGACAAGCCAAAGUGCUGAAGAUAAAAAACAAACCACGUUAAAGAAAGAAGAUCUGAUAUUGGUUCUUGAUGUCACUCCUCCUCCUCCGGCCCCUUUUGAUCACAGAAUUGUCUCUACUAAACAUGCUCAGAUUAAUAGUUUUUAUACUGUGGAAACAACACAUUUGCUGGGAGGUGGAAGAUUUGGACAAGUGCACAGAUGCACAGAGAAGUCAUCGGGACUUACCUUGGCAGCUAAAAUCAUUAAGGUUAGAGGACAUAAAGAAAAGGAGGAAGUGAAAAAUGAGAUUCAAGUCAUGAACCAGCUGAAUCAUGUUAAUCUCAUCCAGUUAUAUGAUGCUUUUGAGUCCAGAAAUGACAUAGUCCUUGUUAUGGAAUAUGUGGAUGGUGGUGAACUGUUUGACAGGAUUAUUGAUGAAAAUUGCAAUCUUUCUGAAGUGGAUACAAUAUUAUUUAUAAAGCAGAUCUGUGAAGGAAUUCAGUACAUGCAUCAAAUGUACAUUAUACAUUUAGAUCUAAAGCCAGAGAAUAUUAUGUGUGUGAGCCGUGCAGAUUAUCAGAUCAAAAUUAUUGAUUUUGGCCUGGCCAGAAGGUACAAGCCAAGGGAAAAAUUGAAAGUGCACUUUGGUACUCCAGAGUUCCUUGCCCCUGAAGUUGUGAACUAUGAUUUUGUCUCCUUUCCCACAGACAUGUGGAGUGUGGGGGAGUCAUUGCCUACAUGCUGUUGAGUGGGCUUUCACCAUUUUUAGGGGAAGAUGACAAUGAAACCCUGAACAACAUUUUGGCUGCACAAUUUGAUUUUGAAGGCGAAGAAUUUCAAAAUAUUUCAGAAAUUGCAAAAGAUUUCAUCACUAAGUUACUCAUCAAGGAAAAAUGUUGGAGAAUGAGUGCUACUGAAGCAAUAAAACAUCCAUGGUUAUCAGAUUCCAAAUUGCACUAUACCAUUAGUCAGAAUUCAAACAUGUUGAGAAAAACGAAAAGCUGCACUGUGUCUGAGACACCUGUAGAACAGUGA